ACGGGGGAGGUUGGCAGCAAAAGGAAUUAUGGGGAUGUCCUGCGCUCAGACGAAGAAGACGGAGACGAGGGACGAAGAGGAAGAGACGAUAGUUUCACUCUUUGCUUCUUCGAUGGCUUUGACCCUGUGGCUGUUUCGUCUGACCGCAAGAUCGUGGACUCUGGAGUGCUGCUGCGAGUUAAGUUGGCCUUGGUGAUGGUGAUGGUGAUGAGUGGUGAUAGUCGUGAUGUUGGUGAUAGUCGUGGUGAUGGUGAUGGUGAUGGUGAUGGUCAAGAUGGAGUCUCUCUCUCUCUCUCUCUCUCUACCUACGACCACUACGACUACGACCAUGACCAUGACCAUCUGCUAUCUACUUCGACUUCGACUUCUACUACUAUCCUGUAUUAA